GUGUCGUAAAGUGUUUCAGUGUCGCAAAAGUUUGACAAUAAAUAUACCUCCGAAAAGCUCGUUUAAAUGCCGUGAAUUUGUUACGACAUACUUUCAUGAGUUUAUUUAUGUCUUCAAUAGACUAAACCACCUACUAUUUACAACAGAAACAUUAUUUUCCAUGUGUUGAGCGGCGGUGUCUCGGUGGAGAUGUCUAGGAGCCACGGGACUGUCCUCUUCUUUUUAGCUCAGUGAGAUGUAACAAACCUGCACCAAAAGGAUCAAACUGCAGAUGAAAGACCGUUUGUACAAUCAGUAACUUGACUAAACUUUUUCUUUUUAAAAUCUGUUUUAAUAGCGUUUAUCAUAACUUUGUGCGGAGGUGCAGUUUUGGCUAGGAAUUGCUUAGCUUUAAGGAAAUACUAAAAUGGUCCGCUUUAAUGAAGUUAUGAAACUAACCCGAGCACCAUCCAGCUAACAGGAUAAUUUAGUCAGAACAGAAUGGAUACUGACGACGACGUGCCCCUCAUCCUGACCUGGGACGAGGCCAACAGUGGACUGCUCAGUGAGGACACGGACAGGUCGGAUGAGAAUGGAGGAGGAAGAGGCAACUAUGAUGUCAUGAACAAUGAAGUCAUAUCAACUCCUGGGCCCCAAAACCACAGAGCCCAAAAUGUUACUUUACGCCAAAGCUGGGAGAUGAACUACCAAGAAGCAGCCAUUUAUCUGCAGGAAGGGGAGAACAAUGAUAAGUUCUUCACCCACCCUCGAAACCCCAAAGCUCUUUCUGCGUACCUGUUUGCCCACAACCACCUGUUCUACAUGAUGGAACUGCUCACAGGCCUCCUUCUCAUGACCCUGUCACUGUGUGAGGCUCCGGCCGUGCCCUCACUACGGCUGGAUGUUUAUGUGCAUGCAACUCUAGAGCUGCUGGCUUUAGUUAUGGUUGCAUUUGAACUGUGCAUGAAAUUACGCUGGUUAGGUUUCCACACCUUUAUCAGGCACAAGAGGACCAUGGUCAAGACGUGUGUGCUGCUGCUCCAGUUUGUGGAGGCCAUUGUGGUUCUGAUUCGGCAGACCUCACACAUGAGGGUGACCCGUGCACUAAGACCCAUUUUUCUGGUGGACUGUCGAUACUGUGGCGCUGUACGCAGAAAUCUGCGGCAGAUUUUCCAGUCUCUUCCGCCUUUUAUUGACAUCCUUCUCUUGCUAUUAUUCUUCAUGGUUAUAUUUGCUAUAUUAGGUUUCUGUCUCUUCUCUACUAACACUGCUGACCCGUACUUCAACACUUUGGAGAACAGUCUUGUUAGUCUGUUUGUUCUGCUGACCACAGCAAAUUUUCCAGAUGUGAUGAUGCCAGCAUAUGCCAAAAAUCGUUGGUCAUGUGUCUUUUUUAUCGUUUAUCUUUCCAUUGAGCUGUACUUCGUCAUGAACCUACUUUUGGCAGUGGUAUUUGAUACAUUUAAUGAUGUUGAGAAAAUGAAGUUCAAAUCUCUGUUGCUCCAUAAACGCUCAGCUAUUGACCAUGCCUUUCAACUUUUAGUUAGUCGACAGAGGCCAUCAGGAGUGUCUUUAAAACAAUUUGAUGGACUGAUGCGUUUCUACAGACCUCGAAUGUCUGCUCGAGAUCGCUUCCUCACAUACAAAGCUUUGAACACCUCUGGGGCUCCUAUGCUCAGUUUGCAGGACUUCUAUAAGUUCUAUGAAGUGACCGGUCUCAAAUGGAAGGCACGACGCAGUGGAGAAUAUUGGUUUGACGAUCUUCCGCACACAACCUUUCUCAUUUUUAAGGGUAUCAAUCUGCUUGUAAAGUCAAAGGCCUUUCAAUAUGUUAUGUAUGUAGUAGUGGCCAUCAACGGAGUGUGGAUUCUAGUUGAGACAUACACUCUGAAUAGUGGAUUUUCCUGGUCCAGAUUUGUCCCUUGGAGUUACAUUGUCUUUCUCACAAUCUAUGGUGUAGAGGUGUUGUUGAAAGUAACUGGUUUGGGGCCAAUGGCGUAUUUCAGCUCUGGGUGGAAUCUGUUUGACUUCUCAGUAACAGUUUUUGCCUUCCUUGGCCUUAUUGCUCUUGCCUUUGACAUGGAGCCCUUCUACUUCAUUGUAAUACUCAGGCCAUUUCAGUUACUCCGGCUGUUUAAAAUAAAGCAGCGAUAUCGUAAUGUAUUGGACACCAUGUUUGAGCUCUUUCCAAGGAUGGCAAGCCUGGGUCUCACUUUAAUCAUAUUCUAUUAUUCCUUUGCCAUUGUGGGAAUGGAGUUUUUUGCCGACGUGGUUUAUCCUAAUUGCUGCAAUGGUAGCACUGUGGCAGACUCCUACAGACAAAUUAAUGUCACUGUUGGAAACAAAACAGUGUUAGAAGAAGGCUACUAUUAUCUGAAUAAUUUCAACAAUAUUCUCAGCAGCUUUGUGACUCUUUUUGAACUCACUGUGGUUAACAACUGGUAUAUUACUAUGGAAGGAAUCACCUCCAUGACAAGUCACUGGAGUCGUCUCUAUUUCAUGACUUUUUACAUAGUAACAAUGGUAGUCAUGACAAUCAUAGUGGCUUUCAUUUUGGAUGCAUUUGUGUUUCGUAUGAACUACAGCCGCAAGAAUCGGGAUUCACUGGAAAACCCUGAAGAUGAAAAUGGCAUUGUAUUUGAAGUGGAAGUAAGUCGUGAUGAAGCCUUGGUUACUCUAGACCUGUACAAACAAAUAUGUCCCGAACAUUCCUCUCUGAGCUCUCUUCAAGGCAUCAUUCAAGCCAUGGACAGAAAUGGGUACACAUCUUUAGUUUAUCUCGGCCGCAGAUCCAGAACAAAGAGUGACCUUAGUAUGAAAAUGUAUGAAGAAGAGAUGCAGGAGUGGUAUGCAGAUUAUUCAAGGGAAAUCUUACCACAACUUGACCAAAACAGGGAGCAAGAACUGGAUUGUCCGGUCUCCAAUAUGUCUCCCUCUCCAGAGCCUUGUCUCAAUUCACAGACUGGUCUGCACAGCAUUAACUAAGUUCACAUGUUAUAAUAACCACUUCAGUUUUUGAACUAGUAACACUCCAUAUACUGAGUUUAGUGCCUCAUGGGAAAUGGUACUGGAUCCAUUGUUCUUUUCCAAGAGCCUUCACUGGACUGCAUUAUUUUUGUGCCUAUGCUGGGAGUGUGAUGUAAGUCUUGCACUAUUCCCAAAGCUUACGUUUUAACUGCCAUUGGACCUGUAUUCAUAAUAGCACAGUUAAAUACUCAAAACCAGCAGAUACGUUCAAAGCUUUUAACUUAUGUGUAUCAAAAAACUAAUGUUUGCUAAUAUUAUUUUAAACUUUAUGUAUUUGAAUUAAUAACAUCUGAAUAAACCACUGUAGUUGUACUUGUAAAAAUAUUGUACAAAUUACUGUUCAAACAAAUGUUCAACA